AGAGAGAGAGAGAGAGAGAGAGAGAGAGAGAGAAGCAGGAGAUGGAGAGAGAAGCAGGGUAUUCCUGCACGGUGCCGUUCUGCGUGGGUUUGAAGAAGACCUUCCACUGGAGAGAUCUUAGAGACCCUUGUUCAUGAUGCGUGACUCGUCGAAACCUUUAGCGUGAGAUGCACCUUCUUCUCUAGAAUGAAGCAUGAUUGCCUCGCGCGUUUGCAUUAUUGACAUCUCCGACUGCUUGACGCACCGAUCACCGGAGGCGUGAUGGAUAGACUCUGUUUGGGGACACUAGGAUCACUCUCUGUGGACUUGCUGUAAACGUUUCCACCGAUCCAUGUGGCAUGUAGACUGACUCCUCAGUUCGACUCUUCAGUCUGUCAGCAUCUCCUCCACACACUGUGGAGCAGGUUGGUGAAACGAUGUGCCUUGAUCUGAGGUUAACAGCUCUGCAUGUCUCACAGAUGUAAUUUUACUCUUUGUCGUCCUUGAAGGAAUUUGCGAUCCUGUUUCCAUCUUGUGCAUUGUCAUUUUUGCCUUUGAAUCUGCCUCUUGUUGAAUGUAGUCAAUGGAAUCGGGAGAGUGCUUUUCAUGCAGGUGUGGAGAGCUGGGCACAUGUCUGCAUGCUUAAAAUAGGUGUGAGAGGACCAAAGAACAGCAAUACGAAGUCUGGGAAGAAACAUGAAGGUGUGAAAGAGCACAAAGGACAUUAGCUGAUUUUUUUCCCACUUUAGGGAACAAGGUCACGGUUUACUUCUUUUUGACACACUUGCUUGAACUGUCUUUUUUUCUAUGAAUUCCGUGAUUUUUUUUUUCAUGCUGUGGACGCCAUUAAACAAAUAAAUAACAAGAUUAUUUGAUUAAUUUUCUGUCCUUGAUCUGCUGAGAAAUUCUGGACCACAUGAACCGAAGCGGGACAUCACAGUCAAAAACCACCUACCUUAUCUCCCUCACCUUGGUGAAGGUAGAAACCACUGAGGAAAAUGAGUUGGAAAAGUCCAGGCCAGCUGUGGAGGGAGCGGUGUAUGAUGCUGAUGGAGCGAAACAUCUCAAGCACCCUGGAUCCAAUAAUGAGGGCCAGGAACGCCAGAAAAUGGGUGAGGCUGUGGAGCUGGAAGCUGGAGAAUCUGUCAAAUUCUCAGUGGAACAGGAAAUACUCCAAAGCCCAAGGGACGACAAGGCACUUUUUGCAGAUGGUGUUCACCCUGGUGAUAGACAAAAAUCAAUGAUCUCACCCACCACAGAGAAUGGAAGAGCCAGAGAAUCCACCGGGAUGUCCCAAACCUCGUUUCCCCGAGAUAUAGCCAGGCAUCUGGGUGACAUACCGGUCCGUGCGACCCAGCGUCCCGUGUCUCUCCUUAAAGCUCAUGGCGGUGGUCGUGAUUUUAAGGAGUCUAGAGAGAGCAUCCAUGCCUCCUCAAAGAGCCUUGACCGUAAGGACAGUCGGACCAGGAUUCAGUCCCCAACCAGCCCGAAUCCUGGAUCAUUCCGGGCAUCAUGGGCUGUAAGCGAGGUGAAAACUUGCGAUGAAGACCUCAAAGGGGGUAUUGGGAUGAAAAGGCCCACUGAAGGGGACAUCAUAGCCAUGCGAACCCAAAGCCCUCGAGCCGAGAGAUUAAAGGCAGGAUCUACAUCUCUUCCGACCCCUAUCGCCUUGAUUACCAAGCCUCAACGCAAAGGAAAGAGUCGCACCCUGGACAACAGCGACUUGAAUUGUCUGUCUGAGGACCUCCUUAAGUGCAAAGGUGGUCAAAUGGUAUCUGACUUUAGAACAGCUCAGUCCCAGGGGGCUUCAGCACGUGACCGCAAGAUGCUAAGAUUUAUUAGUGGCAUUUUUACCAAGAGCACUCCAGUUGCAACCAGUGCAACCAUUGUGACCCCAGUCUAUAGCACCAUUCAGAGGGAAUCCAGUGAGGAGGAAGCAUCAUGUGCCAAUAGCCAGGAAUGGACCUUAACUCGCGCCAUCCCAGAACUGCGAUUGGGGGUUCUGGGUAGCCUUCGCAGUGGAAAAUCUGCUCUGGUAAACAGAUUCAUCACAGGAAGUUACCUUCCACUUGAAUCGCAUGAGGGGGGAAGAUAUAAAAAAGAAGUGUUGGUGGAGGGACACAGUCAGUUAUUGCUGAUUCGAGAGGAAUCUGGUCCACCAAGUGCACAGAUCUGCAACUGGCUCGAUGGUGUCAUCCUGGUUUUUAGUCUGGAAAAUGAAGCAAGUUUCCAGGAUGUGUACAAGAACUACAGUGAGCUAAGUGCAAAUCGUAACAUAGCAGAAAUCCCCAUUAUAGCGGUUGGAACGCAAGAUAAGAUUAGUAGCACUAACGCCCGUGUGAUUGAGGACAAGAGGGUCCAGCAGCUGUGUAUAGAUGUGCGUCGCUGCACUUACUAUGAGACCUGUGCCACCUAUGGACUUAAUGUGGACAGAGUAUUCAAUGAAAUGACUCACAAGAUUGUUGCUGCCAAGAAGCAAGCCGCACUUCUGGCAUCCUGUAAAUCUCUCCCAAACUCCCCGAGUCACUCAGGGGCCUCGACUCCACUGUCAGGGCCCGGACAGGCCAGUAAUGGGGGUCAAAGUAGUGAUUACCCCUCCUCUUUGCCUUCUACCCCUGUGAUAAGUCACAAAGACAUACGGGGUGGGGCAAGUGGAGACGGGGGCUCGCAACGAAAUCCGCCCCGACGACGGACCUCUUUAUUUGCGAACCGCCGUGGGAGCGACUCUGAGAAAAGAGCUUCAGAUAGCAGAAGUGACAUGAGCAGUCGGUCGGUUCCCAUCAAACAGGGAACUUUGUGGAAACGCAGUGAACGCUCUUUAAAUAAGGAGUGGAAGAAGAAGUAUGUGACGCUGUCAAACAACGGGAUGCUGAUGUAUCAUUCAAAUUUAAACGAGUUUAUGCAGAAUGCUCAAGGGAAAGAGAUGGACUUAUUGCGAGUAACAGUAAAGGUGCCAGGAAAGCGUCUUCAUCGCGCUGUCACUCCGGGUGGGCCGUCCCCUGGCCCGGCUCUUGUCCCUGUGCCAGGUGUAAAUGGACUUAGUAAAGACAAGCAGUCAUCUGAAGGGGGCGCUACAUCAAAUCUUCUGACUGUAGAAGAGGCAUCCAGAACUGGCUUGUCAUUUCAUAAUGAUCAACGGGUGAAACGUUGCCCGUCAUCUGUGUCUAAUAAAGGGUUCAGUGUGGAGUCAAGCAUUGAGGGGGCUACAAGUCCUCCCUUAGGAAAAGAACACAUCCCGUCUUCUCCAAUGACUGACAGGAAGAAGAAGAAACGAAACAGAAGUAUUAACCUGAAAGGAGACGCAGCGGCUGGACAGGCUGAGGCCAAGCGCAAAAUGUGGAAAUUAAAAAGCUUUGGUAGCUUGAGAAACAUUAACAAAACAGAAGAAGAGAGCACGGACUUCAUCAUCAUAUCGAGCUCAGGACAGAGCUGGCAUUUUGAAGCCCAAAGUCAAGAGGACAGGGACGCCUGGGUUCAGGCCAUCGAAAGCCAGAUCCUUGCAAGUCUACAGAGCUGUGAGAGCAGAAAUAAGGCUCGAAGGAACAGCCAAAGUGAAGCUGUUGCCUUGCAGGCCAUUCGAAAUGCCAAAGGGAACGACCUCUGUGUGGACUGUGCAGCACCAAAUCCAACAUGGGCGAGUCUUAAUCUUGGUGCUCUGAUCUGCAUCGAGUGUUCGGGGAUACACCGGAACCUGGGGACGCACCUGUCCCGUGUGCGCUCGCUAGACCUGGACGACUGGCCCAGUGAACUUACAAAAGUGCUUUCGGCUAUAGGCAAUCAUAUGGCCAACAGCAUUUGGGAGACCUGUACCCAAGGGUGCCAGAAGUUGACACCUGAGGCAACAAGAGAGCAGAGGGAGUCGUGGAUCCGUGCCAAAUACGAACAGCGGGCAUUUGUGUCGCCCUUGCCCGCUCAGUGUUCAGAGGACACAAUGUCGACUUGGUUGCUUAAAGCAGUAAUCGACAGGGACCUUCCCAGACUUCUGCUGCUCCUCGCGCACAGCACCAAGGACCUGAUCAACAUCCCGCCUGAAGGAGCAGGGCAGCAGCAUCACAGCGCAUUACAUGCGUCCUGCCAGCUGGGCGACGUGGUCAUGACACAGCUGCUGGUCUGGUACGGCAGUGAUGUGAAGUCAAAGGAUCCACAAGGUCGAACCGCACUGACGUUGGCGCGCCAAGCCGGGAGCAAAGAGUGUGCUGAGAUUCUUGUCCAGCACGGCUGUCCCAGUGAGACGUCACCCACCUCCCCGACUCCUGUUCUCUCCCGCAAAAGUAGCAUCACGAGUGUCGGACGUGUCAAUUCCAGGAGGAGGGUCUCGUAACCCAUGAACGCUCAUGAUCACAUAAACAUUUUCACCAGGGCCAUUUUUAUUUCUUCAUACAGAGUUGUGUGUUCCGUGCGUCUGUGAAUCCCCACCCCGAAUAUCGCCAACAACGCUGUAUUUAUAUACUGUACGUAUAUCCUUGCGGAUUCCUCAGAAAAGGGAAAAAGAAAAAAAGAAACUCUUAAUUGUCCUUAUUAGAAGGCUUAGAAUGACAGCUACAAAAUUUCAACAUGCCUUUUGAAAGAAAAUGGAAGCUGUUUUACCAACUAAAAAGCAAUAUUAUUUAUAAUAUGCUGAUUAAUAUGUAUUAUAGAUCCAUUACAUGGAAACAUGUAGCUUGAGAGUUUCCCAAAGCAAUCUGAGGGAAUGUAUUUACCAUUAUGACUGUCAUUACCAUUGUUCUUUAAAAUAGAAAUCAUGGCUGAGGGUAAUGUAAUGUAAGAACAUGUUUAUAUCCAGACUCCAGAAGAAAUAGUAUUUGUCGUUGUGCAUCAUUUCUAAAUAAUAUAGACAAUAAACUCUGAUCUUCAACCUC